GAUGGCUGCAACCACCAGCACCUGGGGCAGGCCGAAGCCAGGAGCCAGGAGCUUUUUCCAGGUCUCUGAGGGUAGCAGAGGCCUAAGCACUUGGGCCAUCUUCCACUGCUUUCCCUAGGCCAUUAGCAGGGAGCUGGAUAGGAAGUGGAGCAGCUGGGACACAAACUCGCGCCCAUAUGUGAUGCCAGCGUCCCAGGUGGCGGCUUUACCCACUAUACCACAACACUGGCCCCCAGAACACUUUUUUCUCACCCUAAAAAGAGCCUCCACACCAUCAGCUGUCUUCCCAUUUCCCUUCACUCCCUGCCCCCAGUCCCCUGGUAACAACGGAUCUGCUGUCUGUCUGCAGAUUUGUUUGUUCUGGACAUUCGUAUAAAUGGAAUUAUAUUUGAUCUUUUGUAACUAGCAUAGAGUUUUCAAGUUUUAUCCCUGUUGUAGUGUGUCACUCCUUCCUUCCUGUUCCUUUAUUUUGACACAGUAAUAUUCUCUUGUGGUUGUAUGAUACUUUGUUCAUCAGCUGACUAGAUUGGAGCUGUUCUACCAUUUGGCUGCUAUAUGCACAUUCAUGUAUAAGUUCUCUUUGUGAACUUGAGAGUUGUCAGAUCUCUCACCUGGGAGAGGAAUUGCUGAGCCCAUGGUAACUCUGUGUUUAAUCUUUUGAAGAGCUGCCCACAUGUCCUCCAGAGUAGCCACACUGUUCUACAUUCCCACCAGCAGUGGGUGAGGAUUCCACAUUCUCCACACCCUUGCUAGUACUUGUUACCUUUUUGAUUAUAGCCAUCCUAGUGUGUGAGGUGCUGCCUCAUUUCUGGCUUCUUUUUUGUUUCACUUUUUUCACGUGUGUGUGUGUGUGUGUGUAUUUAUGUAUAAUGUGUGCCUAAAACGGAUCUGAAAUAUCCUCUUGUGGCUCUCAUCUUCUGCUUUGCCCUUGUCACUGCCUGUCUCACCCUGCCAUAGGAUCUCUGGGUUCAUCUUUCUCUCUCUACCUCCUGGUGUUAUAUAUGCCUGUGCUCUGGUCCCCAUUGUUCAAACAGGGUGUGGGUCUGUGUCUACAAUGUUGAGGUGGGCUUCUGGCCUUUCAUCUCCUGCCCACCUCCUGCCCUCUGAUGUGUUGCCUCUGCAGACAGAAGUAUGGGUGAACUCUGAGAUUGGUCUCUUGUUCCUUCAUUGCCUGGGGACAGGAGGCUCCUGUCCUGGGCAGUUCCUGCCCUCCUGGACCUACUUCUGAACCAUCCAUGCUGUUAUGCAUUGGAGGUGAUAACCUGACAGUCCUUGGUCCCCAUUUCCCUAUUUGUCUGUGUGUGCCUAGGCUUUCUCCCCAGGCCUGUGGGACCAGCCCAUCUUGGGUGCUGGGGCUUGGAUUUGGGGGGAGGGAAGUGGUGUAAGAGGGGCCCUCCAGCUUAGCAGUCAUUUUUCUGAGAAGUGCCAAUGCUUUAGGGAAGCGGCUUUUCCUCCCACUCCCUCCUCCCUCCCCACCCGCCAAGCACACGUUCUCUGCAUCUUGACCUCAGCGUCACAGGACGUGGCCCCCCCCAGCCGCUGAACUGGGGCCCAUCUAGGAGCAGCAUCCUUGGCACCCUGAAAGCCGGCUCUGGACCUUCCCGGGAAAGCUCCCAGAACUGCUUGACCAACGGACUGGCUCUUGGGGCAUCCCCAACCCAUCUGGCCCCCGGCUGGGGGCCUCCGGAAGGCUGAAAUUUGCUUGCUGACCUUAGAGAGCAGCUUCAAGACCAAAGGGGGGGGUGGGCUGACCACCCAAGCCCCCUCUGGGCCCAGGCCCCAUGCCCCGAGGAGGGGCGGCCUGAAGCCCGCCACAGCCUGCACCAGACUGUCUGCCUGUCCUUCUGACUGUGGCCGCUUGGCAUGGCCAGCAACAGCAGCUCCUGCCCAACACCUGGGGGCGGGCACCUCAAUGGGUACCCAGUGCCCCCCUACGCCUUCUUCUUCCCCCCUAUGCUGGGUGGCCUCUCUCCGCCAGGCGCUCUGACCACUCUUCAGCACCAGCUUCCAGUUAGUGGAUACAGCACACCAUCCCCAGCCACCAUUGAGACCCAGAGCAGCAGUUCGGAAGAGAUAGUGCCCAGCCCUCCCUCGCCACCCCCCCUCCCCCGCAUCUACAAGCCCUGCUUUGUCUGCCAAGACAAAUCCUCUGGCUACCACUAUGGGGUCAGCGCCUGUGAGGGCUGCAAGGGCUUCUUCCGCCGCAGCAUCCAGAAGAACAUGGUGUACACGUGUCACCGCGACAAGAACUGCAUCAUCAACAAGGUGACCCGGAACCGCUGCCAGUACUGCCGGCUGCAGAAGUGCUUCGAAGUGGGCAUGUCCAAGGAGUCUGUGCGGAACGACCGGAACAAGAAGAAGAAGGAGGCGCCCAAGCCCGAGUGCUCCGAGAGCUACACGCUGACGCCGGAGGUGGGGGAGCUCAUCGAGAAAGUGCGCAAAGCGCACCAGGAGACCUUCCCCGCCCUCUGCCAGCUGGGCAAGUACACUACGAACAACAGCUCAGAGCAGCGCGUCUCCCUGGACAUCGACCUCUGGGACAAGUUCAGUGAACUCUCCACCAAGUGCAUCAUCAAGACCGUGGAGUUUGCCAAGCAGCUGCCCGGCUUCACCACCCUCACCAUCGCUGACCAGAUCACCCUCCUCAAGGCUGCCUGCCUGGACAUCCUGAUCCUGCGGAUCUGCACGCGGUACACGCCCGAGCAGGACACGAUGACCUUCUCGGAUGGACUGACCCUGAACCGGACCCAGAUGCACAACGCUGGCUUCGGACCUCUCACCGACUUGGUCUUCGCCUUCGCCAACCAGCUGCUGCCCCUGGAGAUGGACGAUGCCGAGACUGGGCUGCUUAGCGCCAUCUGCCUCAUCUGUGGAGACCGGCAGGACCUGGAGCAGCCAGACAGGGUGGACAUGCUGCAGGAGCCGCUGCUCGAGGCGCUGAAGGUGUACGUGCGGAAGCGGAGACCCAGCCGCCCCCACAUGUUCCCCAAGAUGCUGAUGAAGAUCACCGACCUGCGGAGCAUCAGCGCCAAGGGGGCCGAGCGGGUGAUCACGCUGAAGAUGGAGAUCCCGGGUUCCAUGCCGCCACUUAUCCAGGAGAUGCUGGAGAACUCGGAGGGCCUGGACACGCUGAGCGGACAGCAGGGGGGCGGGGGGCGGGACGAGGGCGGCCUGGGGCCCCCGCCGGGCAGCUGCAGCCCCAGCCUCAGCCCCAGCUCGAACAGAAGCAGCCCGGCCACCCACUCCCCGUGACCGCCCGCGCCACAUGGACACAGCCCUUGCCCCACGCCCCGGCUUCUCUCUGCCUUCCUGCCGCCCAUGCGACCCCUGCCAGCCCUGCCCUGCCUGUCCUCCCAGACAGAACUGGGGGGGUGGGGCAGCGGCUCUCUGGACAGAGGCCUGGGUCCGGGAUGGACCGCCCACCCCUGCAGCCUGGGCUGACGGCAGGGGCAAAGCUGUGAACUGAGUGAGGCCCCCGGCCCGGGCCUGGGGCUCGCCCCCGUCGGGACAGCCGCCUGCCCGCCUCGCCACAUGUUCAUCACCAGCAACUUCCAGGACCUGGCCCCCGCCCGCCCGACUCACAAGCCAUCGCCCCCGGCUGGGGCCCUCGCCUGCCUUGGUUGGUGACAGCGGGGUGGGCCGGGGCGGGCUUCCCUGUACAUACCCCGCCGUACCAACCCCAGGUAUUAAUUCGCGCUGGUUUUGUUUUUAUUUUAAUUUUUUUUUGUUUUGAUUUUUUUAAAUAAGAAUUUUCAUUUUAAGCACAUUUAUACUGAAGGAAUUUGUGCUGUGUAUUGGGGGGAGCUGGAUUCAGAGCUGGAGGGAGGGGCCUGGGGGAGGGGCGUGGCUCAGAGGGGCUCCUGCUCUCCCCCGCCCCCCAGCCCUCCUCCGCCUCUUCUCCUCGGUUUUCUCCUUCAAACUGUGAAAUAUUGACGUCCCCAGCCCACCGGGCCCUCCUUUGUGCCCUGUCUCCCUCCGCCUGACCACUGGGUGGGGGCAGUUUCCGGCUGCCCAAGAAGCAGGGGCUCCUGGCCUACCCACCUGCCUCCGCCCGGGGACAAAGCCAGGGCCCCUGUGGACACGCUGUCUCCGGGCGGAGCUGCCUCCCUGUCAGGACCCACGUCAUCCAAGCCCCCCAGCCCCCACUGUGAAGGGGCCAGCCAAGGGGACUGUGCUGCCCCCGCCCCCUGCCUCACAGCCACCAGCACCCCACGGGGCCCCCUCUCACACACACACACACACACACACACACACACACACACACACACACACUGUGGACAGUAGAUGGGCCCACACUUGGCCUGAGUUCCUCCGUUUCCCUGACCUGCCCCUGCUCCCCACCUGCCCCACACCUGUGCCCCCUCCUUGCCCCGCAGGACGGGCCUACAGGGGGUCCCCCACCCUGCAUCCCUACACCCCUGGGCUGGGGGAGCCGGCUCUGCCCUGCCCUCCUCGCCCCGGGGUUGGGGUCUCAUCCCCCUGGAGCCCGCUGGUGCACCUGUUACUGUUGGACUUUCCACUGAGAUCUACUGGAUAAAGAAUAAAGUUCUAUUUAUUCUA